UGGGCUGACCGGGUUAUAAAACCUGAAAGGGUUCAUCCGGAGCCCACCAAAGAUCUUGAGGACGCCUGCGAGAAGCUUCUCAAGGGUGAUCCUGUGACCGGGAAACCUUAUGCCUAUGGAGGCUGGGUAUUCCGGCUAUCUAAUCCGGAUGGGGGUGAAUCUGCGACCCAUGACGCAGAAGAUGACCGGGCAAACUCCCCGGAUGGUCAUGCUGAGGCCAGUUCUCCUCGUUCAGACAUGAACUUCAAUAGGAUGACCACCAUCAUUGAGGAUGAUGACGAUGAUGUCCAAGUCCUCCAUUCCAACCGGUCUCCCAAUCGCAACCCUCCCUCCCUUCCUCAAAACAUUGGAGUUGAAGGGGCCUCAACUGCUCGGUGCUCUUCCUUUGACGAUCUCAUUCGAGACAAACAGGUGAAGUCACCCUCAGCCCUCCAUUUCUCUGAAGGCGACCGGGUUGAAUCCAAGCCCAAGGAGGCCAGCCAUUCUUCUUCCCGUGCUAAGGGCCAGAAAAGGAAGGGCUCCCAUAAGAGUUCCAAAGGGGGCAAGAAGAAGAAGACC